AGAGAGAGUGACCUAUUGCGGGACCAAAAGCUACCGUGCGCACCCUCGUUGUCAUCACCCACCCUUCCCUCUUCUCCUUCCGUGAAACCUCCGAACCAGAGAUACACACACAUAUAUACAUAUAUAAAUUUAUAUAUAUAUAUAUAUACGCGUAAAUUCAACGACCAUAUUUAGCCCUAACCAACCAACCUUUCUGUGAACACUUUGGGGGGUUUGGUAAUUCAACAAAUCGAUCCUCAAUUCAAACCCUUAAAUCGAAAUUGACCCCUUAAUCGUCACGACGAUUGUGAUGAUGAUGGUACGUUCAAUCCUCCUCUUUAACCGUCAACGAUUCGACCCUCUUAGCUAAAAUGCGCUGGGUUCGAUCCUCGCCCCCAUCCUGCUCUCUCUCGCUCUCUCUCUCUCCUCCCAGCCACCUACUUGUUGUUGAUUUGAUUUAGGGUUUUCUCCACCCAAUCGGUGUAUCAUCACUGUUAAUCAUUGUCUAAUGGCGGUUAGGGUUUGGGAGGCAGGGUUCGUUCUAUUGGUUGUGUUCGGGAGGCUAACGUGCGCCGAACUCGUUAGGGUUUGUCCUGUGAACUCGGUUUCGGACUCGGUGUUGGGGUUUCGAGAUUCGAGCUGUCCGAGUAAUGGGGAUGAAUCUAUCGAAUCUGUUGGUGUUGUUUGUGUUACGGAGGGAGACGAGGCCUCAUUGCAGAGGGCACUUAAUUUGGGCCACAAGAAUAGUCAUGGUUAUGUUGCUGUGCUCUUCUAUGCUUCUUGGUGUCCUUUUUCUGCCACUUUUAGACCAACUUUCUCUAUUUUGUCGUCCUUCCAUCCCUCCAUCCCUCAUUUUGCAAUUGAAGAAUCAGUCAUCAGGCCAAGCAUACUCUCAAAAUAUGGAGUUCAUGGGUUUCCAACUCUUUUCCUUCUAAAUUCUACCAUGCGUGUGCGUUAUCAUGGAUCCCGGACGCUUGGUUCUCUUGCUGCUUUCUACAAUGAUGUUACAGGCCUUAAGACUGCAUCACUGGAUGGAACCUCCCUUGAAAGAAUUGGACGCUCGUCAGAUAAUGAGGAUCAUAAUAACAUUGAGCCAGAAAGCUGCCCGUUCACAUGGGCUAGGUCUCCGGAGAAUUUGCUUCGGCAGGAGACCUAUUUGGCCUUGGCCAUCGCAUUUGUGCUCUUGAGGUUGCUCUACUUUAUUUUCCCGACUCUCUCUAAAUUUUUUCAACUGGUUUGGGGACGAUACAUCCUAAACGUAAGGUUGAGGACCUUGUUGGAGCAUCCUCUUGCUUAUCUGAAUCGAGCAAUACAGUUAUUCAAUUCCCUAAAAGAGCCCUGCAAGAGAAGUAAUUUACAGGAAGGAGCAAGCAAUGCAAAGGCGUGGGCUACAAAGUCCUUGGCCUCGGUUUCAUUUAGGGAUGCAAGCAGCAGCCGUGGAUUAUGUCAGUAAGUUGAUCUUGCUUAAGUUGUGUUUGGAUCAUAGAUUUGGAUAUAGUUUAGAACGGAGAAGAAAUAGGUGAGGGAAAUGGAGAAAAAAAUGAGGUUAUAUGUCCUUCACCUUUCCCUUACCCUUUCCAAACAUGGCUUUACUGUUUCCCAGCAAUGUUAACUUUUUAGAUUCUUCCUUGCUGUAACAUCUUUCAUGCUAGGCAGGAAGUUUGUAUUCUAGAAUUACUUUGACAAUUUGAUUAGGUUUUCAUUUGGGUUUCAAUUUUUAACCUUGUUUUGCUGUUGCAGCAAAUACUACUUCAUUUAUAUGUAACCUAUAAUUGAAAUUGUUCUCACCAUCCCCCAAAAAAUAAGAAAUGGGUUUAACUUUGUGAAUA